GAGACGGAGUCUGACAGCUGAGGUUAUUUUUGGGACGGGCAGUUAAAGCGGCAGAGGUGACAAAGCUGGAACAAACGAUGGAUCAAAACUUGUUUGGAGGGGCCCCCAGGUUUCUCACUCGCCCAAAGGCAUUUUCGGUGUGUGUGGGCAAGGAUGCCACACUCAGCUGCACAAUUGUGGGCAGCCCGACUCCACUGAUAACCUGGGAAAAAGACAAGCUGAAGCUGACGUCUGGAGGCCGCUUCAAGACUGUGGAAGAUGGAGACGCUUAUCGCCUGACCAUCUAUGACUUAACUCUGGAGGACAGUGGACAGUACAUGUGCAGAGCUAAGAACAGCGUCGGUGAAGCUUACGCCGCAGUAACCCUCAAAGUGGCGCUGCCGACAGAGAUGUCUCAGAAGGCCCCUGUUUUCAUGAAGCGCAAAGAGGAGAUCUCCAUCUACCGCACUGAAGAAAGCAGCAGCUCCAUUUCUUCCUCCUCCACAGCCAAAAUCACGGAUGCUUUCAGUUCUCUGGGCCUGGAACACGAGCUGCGAGCAUCUGCCCUGGCGAAGCUUCCCAAAGGUGUAUUCACUCGUACCUGCACUGUGACUGAGGGGAAACAUGCCAAACUCAGCUGCUUUGUGACCGGUCACCCCAAACCACACAUUAUCUGGAGGAAGGAUGGAACAAACAUCAGUGAGGGCCGCAGACAUGUCAUUUAUGAGGACCAAGCUGAGAACUUCAUCCUGAAAAUCCUGUACUGCAAGCAGACCGAUAAUGGCCUCUACACCUGCAAUGCAACCAAUAUGGCUGGGCAGACCUACAGCGCUGUGUUAGUAACAGUCAAAGAACCCAAAGUGCCAUUCAGGAGAAAGCUUCAGGAUGUGGAGGUGCAGGAAAAAACCUCAGCCACACUCAUGUGUGAGGUGCCUCUUAGUUCCACUUAUACCAACUGGUUCAUGGAGGAAACGCGACUGCAGCAAAAUGCUAAAUAUCGCAUGGAGGAGGAAGGCACCCUCCGUCGUCUCACCAUACACAACGUUACCACCAACGACGAUGGAGUUUAUAUAUGCGAGAUGAAAGAGGGCAGUCGCACUGUGGCUGAGCUCACAGUCCUGGGUAACAUAACUAAGAAGCUUCCUCGAAGGACAGUAGUUCCUGUUAGCGACACUGUCAUCUUCUGCGUAGAGCUGGAACAUCCCUAUCCAGACACCUACUGGACUCGCAAUGGCGAGAAGUUAAAAGAGGAUUCACGUAUUUCCAUCGGCUGCGUGCUUAGACAGUACACACUCACAAUUAGAGAAUGCCAGGCAGAGGACUCUGGAGAAGUGGCCUUUGUGGCUGGAGACUGCAAGACAUCCACCCGAUUCUCAGUUACUGCUGCCCGGAAGCAUCCUCCCGAUCCUCCAGUUGACGCUGUGGUGCAGAACAAAACAGAGUCCUCCAUCACCAUUCAGUGGUCUCCUCCUGACAGUGACCGCCCUGUCCCCAUCAAAGGCUACGUUGUAGAGCGAAGGAAGGUUGGUACCCAAAUGUGGCAGAGGUGCAAUGCUGAAGAAACCAUUGUCGCAACAGAGUUUACAAUCUGCAACUUCACUGAAGAAGCUAGCUACCAGUUCCGUAUCUCUGCCAUUAAUGACUUUGGGCAGAGUGCCUACCUGGAGGUACCUGGAACCUUCUACCUUGAACCCACUGCAGAAAUCAGAAAAGGUCUGAUUAACAGCGCUGCAGUCUCCGGUGAGGAAUUCUCCAUCUCUGUUGAGCUGUCUGCUGUUUGCUCAGGCUUCUGGUCCCUAAACGGACGCCUUUUGCGCAGCGGAGCCGACUACCUCAUCACCAGGUCAAAAAACAUACACACAUUGCUCAUCCGAGUUGUGACCAUGGAAAUGAACGGAACUGAAGUCAAGUUUGUGGGUGGAGGCUCACAAAGCAGUUGCAUCCUCAACGUGAAGGCCCCUUCUGUUAGGUUCACCAACAAAUCCGAUCAUCUAGAGGUGGUGACCUGCAGUGCCCAAGCCACUGCUCAGCUGACUGUUGAGGUGUCAGAUUAUGACACACAGGUGGUUUGGAUGAAGAAUGGACGGGAGCUAAAAAUGGGCAAAAAGUAUGAAUAUGUGAUUAAUGACCACAAGAGGAUCCUGAUGGUACACAACGUCACUGAGGAAGAUGUGGGCAUUUAUGAUUGUGUGUUACCUGAUGACAAGAUGUCCAUGCAACUCACUCUUAAAGAUGAACCUGCCAAAUUUCUAAACAAAGCCAGAGGUACCAUGGGAAUGUCAUCGACUCUCAAAGGAGAUCUUGAGCUGAGCUGUGAGGUUUCAUCUGCCAGUGCUGCUGUUGUGUGGAAAAAAGAUCAAAUGGAGAUCACUGAGGACCAAAGAACUACCAUCAUCUCCAAAGGGACUCAAAGGAAACUCAUUAUCAAGAGUGCCAAGAAGAUUGAUGAAGGACAUUAUUCAUGUGAGACAGCAGCUGACAAAAUCACAUUCCAGGUUAAGAUAAAAGAAACUUCAGCUGUAGCUGCCUUCUCCAACAAAGAGUCAGUCCAAAAGGAAGUGAAGGCCACUCUCUCCCAAAAAGCAACUCUUAGUUGUAAUGUGUCAGAUAGCAAGACAGAGGUGAAAUGGUACAAAGAUGGCAAGCUGUUGAUAUCCAGUAGGACCAUAUACUCAGAAGCAAAAGGCAACACUCGCCAGCUGGUGAUUGAAAAGGUGGAGAAGAGUGAUGCUGGAGAGUAUACCUGUGAAGCUGGAGGGGACAAACUAGUCUUCAAGAUAUUUGUCACAGAUUCCCAGUCAGCUUUCAUCAACAAGGAGUCUAUUCAGAAGGAGGUUAAAGCCACGCUUUCCCAUAAAGCCACGCUGAGCUGUGAGGUGGUCGAUACCAAGACAGAGGUGAAGUGGUACAAGGAUGGCAAGUUAGUGACUUCCAGUAAGACAAUCCAUACUGAAUCAAAGGCCAAGAAUCGCCAGCUGGUGAUUGACAGUGUGGAGAAGAAGGAUGCUGGAGAGUACAUCUGUGAGGCUGGGACUGAAAAGCUUGCCUUCAAACUACAGGUGGCAGACACACAGGUCCAGUCAGCUUUCUCUAAUAAGGAGUCAAUCCAAAAGGAAGUAAAAGCCACCCUGUCACAGAAAGCUGUUCUAAGCUGUGAGGUAUCUGAUAACAAGACAGAAGUGAAAUGGUACAGGGAUGGCAAGCUGCUGACUUCCAGCAGGACAAUCCAUACUGAGUCAAAGGGCAAGAAUCGCCAGCUGGUGAUUGACAGUGUGGAGAAGAAGGAUGCUGGACAGUACAUCUGUGAGGCUGGGACUGAAAAGCUCGCCUACAAACUACAGGUGGCAGAGGCCCAAUCAGUCUUCUAUGAUAAGGACUCUAUACAAAAGGAGGUGAAAGUCACUUUGACCCAGAAAGCCACGCUGAGCUGUGAAGUUUCUGAUUCCAAGACUGAGGUGAAGUGGUACAAAGACGGAAAGCUCCUGUCCUCCAGCAAGACUAUCCACACAGAGUCUAAGGGCAAGAAUCGCCAGCUGGUGAUCGACAGCGUGGAGAAGAAGGAUGCUGGAGAGUACAUCUGUGAGGCUGGGACUGAAAAGCUCGCCUACAAACUACAGGUGGCAGACACACAGGUCCAAUCAGCCUUCUUUAACAAAGAGUCAGUGAAGAAGGAAUUGAAAGCCACUAUCUCUCAGAAGGCUGUCCUGAGCUGUGAAGUAGCUGACGCCAAGACAGAGGUGAAGUGGUACAAGGAUGGCAAGUUAGUGACUUCCAGUAAGACAAUCCAUACUGAGUCAAAGGGCAAGAAUCGUCAGCUGGUGAUCGACAGUGUGGAGAAGAAGGAUGCUGGAGAGUACAUCUGUGAGGCUGGGACUGAAAAGCUUGCCUUCAAACUACAAGUGGCAGACACACAGGUCCAGUCAGCUUUCUCUAAUAAGGAGUCAAUCCAAAAGGAGGUAAAAGCCACCCUGUCACACAAAGCUGUUCUAAGCUGUGAGGUAUCUGAUAACAAGACAGAAGUGAAAUGGUACAAGGAUGGCAAGCUGCUGAGUUCUAGCAGGACAAUCCAUACUGAGUCAAAGGGCAAGAAUCGCCAGCUGGUGAUUGACAGUGUGGAGAAGAAGGAUGCUGGAGAGUACAUCUGUGAGGCUGGGACUGAGAAGCUGGCCUUUAAGAUACAUGUGCAAGAGAUCCAAGUCAAGUCUGCCUUCUCCAGCAAAGAGUCUAUCCAAAAGGAGGUGAAAGCUACUCUCUCUCAGAAAGCCACUCUCAGCUGUGAGGUAUCUGAUAUCAAUACAGAGGUAAAAUGGUACAAGGAUGGCAAGCUUCUGACUACCAGCAAGACAGUUCAUGUAGAGUCAAAAGGCAGGAGUCGGCAGCUGGUGAUCAACAGUGUGGAUAAGAAGGAUGCUGGGGAGUACAUCUGUGAGGCUGGGUCUGAGAAGCUGCCCUUUAAGAUACAGGUGUUAGAAGCCCCAGCUGGCUUCUCUAACACGGAGUCAGUCCAGAAGGAAGUGAAAACUUAUCUCUCACAGAGAGCCACGCUUAGUUGUGAGGUUUCAGAUUCCAAGACAGAGGUAAAGUGGUACAAGGAUGGCAAGCUGCUGACUUCCAGCAAAGGAGCCCACAUGGAGUCUAAGGGCAAAACUCGUGAGCUGGUGAUAGAAAAAGUGGAGAAAAAGGAUGCUGGAGAAUAUACUUGUGAGGCUGGAACAGAGAAGCUGGUAUUUAAGUUGCAGCUAACAGAUUUAGCCAUAAAGUUCCAGAAGAAAUCUGUCAAGGACACAUGUGUGGUUCAAGCAAGUGAAAGCAUUGUUUUAUCCACUGAGCUGACCGCAGAGGGUGGUAGUGUGAGAUGGUUUAGAGAUGGCGUGGAGCUCAAGGAGAGCAGCAAGUAUGAAAUGAAAAAAGAGGGCCUUUCUCGUACUCUGAUAGUGAAAUCUGCAGAAAUGAAAGACAGUGGAGCCUACUCUUGUCAAACUGCGGAUGAUAAACUGGAGUUCAAAGUUCAAGUUAAAGAUUCAGCUUUGAAGUUUGUUCUCCCUUUGAAACCUGCCACAGUGGAACUGGGAGGUACACUAAGCCUGAUUUGCGAACUAAAUCAAGCUUCAGGGGAUGCUGUAUGGCACCAUAAUGGCCAUGAGAUUAAACCUGGAGGCAGGUUCUGUGUCAGAACAGAUGGUGCUAGGCGAAUUCUCACUGUGACUGGCAUGACUAAGGAAGAUGAAGGAGAAUACAGCUGCGAAUGUAGAAAUGACAAGACAUCUGCUAAAGUUUCCUCUAAAGCACCAAGAUUAGUGAGGCUGGUCACCAAACUGAACAACGUGGUUGCAACUGAGGGAAAAGAUGCUGUUUUCAAGUGUGCCGUCAGCCCAGCAGACGUCAGCGUCAGAUGGUUCCACAACAGUAUCCCCAUCAUUGCUGGGCAGAAGUAUAAGCUUGAGCAAGGUGGUGGCAGCCACUCUCUUACCAUCACCUCAGUCACUCAGAAAGAUGCAGGAGAGAUAAGUGUUGAUGCAGAAGGCAAAAGCUGCAAAGCUACUCUACAAGUGCAACAUGAACCUGUGACUUUCAAGAAAAAGCUAGAAAACCUGACAGUGGAGGAGCAAAGCGAAGUGAGGCUGGAAGUGGAGCUCAGUAAGGCAUCGGAUGAAGUCAGGUGGAUGAAGAACAGUGUAGUGCUGCAACCUGCAGGAAACAUGGAGAUUCGGGUAGAGGGAGCUAAGCAGGCUCUGGUCUUCAAGAGUGUGACUUAUGCUGACCGUGGCAUCUACUCUUGCGAAACUCUGGAUGAUAAGACCCAGGCCAAGCUCAGCGUGGAGAUGAAGAAGAUCCAGGUAAUAAAGGGUCUAACAGAAACCAAGGCACGUGAAACUGAGACAGUAACACUUGAGGUAGAACUCAGUCAGGCCAAUGUUGAAGGCUCCUGGAACAGAGACAGGGUCAAAUUAAAGUCAGGGCCAAACUGCCAUAUCACAGCUCAGGGAAAGAAGCACAUCCUGACGUUGUCCAGUCUCAAGCAGGAGGAUGCAGGAAUGAUUUCCUUCCAGGCAGAAGGCGUGCAUACUUCGGCUAAACUGAUCGUCACAGAGGCUCCUGCUAUGAUCUCCAAACCUAUUAUGGAUAUGAGUGUUCCUGAGAAGGAGAAGGUUACGUUUGAAUGUGAAGUGUCCAGAGCGAAUGCAGAUGUUAGAUGGUUCAAGGAUGAGGUGGAACUAAAACCGGGAAAGAACUUUGCUAUUCAUUCAUUGGGCCAAAAGCGCACUUUGGCCAUCAACAAAUGCUCCCCUGAAGAUGGAGGCACAUACAUCUGCCGUACUACUGAUGAUAACACCUCCGCCAAGCUCACUGUUCAUGCCAGAGAUAUCAAGAUCAUUAAGAAGCUGGCAGAUUUGGAGGUCAUGGAGAAGGAGAGUGCGAAAUUUGUCUGUGAAAUCUCACACGAUGAAGUGGAGUGCCAGUGGUACAAAGGAAACACAAAACUCAAAGCCACUGACAACAUAAAGAUGAGGCAAGAGGGCAGAACUUAUGUGCUGCUUUUCAAGUCUGUUACCCCAGAAGAUACGGGUGAAAUUAGGUUUACAGCUGAGAAAGCAUCUUCAACUGCUAAACUUAAAGUGAAAGAGCAGUCCAUCAGCAUAGUGCGGGAACUUAGUCCAGUAGAAGUCACAGAACCCUUUGCAGCUGUUUUUGAAGUGGAAAUCAGUAUGGAACUGGUGAAACCUCCUGUAUGGACUUUGAAUGGAGUUGCUCUGCAGGAGGGGCCUGAUGUCGAAAUGGAGAAAGAAGGCACGAUGCACCGUCUCACUUUCAAAAAGACUAAAGCAUCAAUGACGGGAACUGUACAGUUUACAGCUGGGAAAAGCAAAUCUUUAGCCCAGCUCACAGUUAAAGAGCGCCCACUUGAGAUUGCAGAAGCCAUUAAAGAUGUUAAGGCGAAGGAGAAAAGCUCAGCCAUACUCAGCUGCAAGUUCUCUGCUCCACCCAAAGAGGUUAACUGGUUCAAAGGUCGAGUACCUCUGGCAGCAUCAGACAAGUACAACAUCAAGCAAGAUGGUACACGCGCCCAAAUUACCAUUCACAGGCUCACUGAGGAGGACAGUGGAGAGUACCGCUGUCAGUCUGGACCUGCUGAGACCAAAGGCACACUUACUGUUGAAGUGCGUGAAAUCAAAAUCACCAAACACUUGGCCAAUACAGAAGUCGAUGAAGACAGCGAUGCGGUAUUAACCUGUGAGAUUAACUACGCUGAUGAAGAAGCUCAGUGGCUUCUGAAUGACAAGGUGCUCUUCACAAAUGAGGUUAACACCAUCGCUCACGAGGGGAAGGUUCACAAGCUGACACUGAAGAACCUAGCACCUCAAGAUGGAGGAACAAUCACCUUUCAAGUCCGCAAGGUCAAAGAGUCUGUCACACUCAAGGUUAAAGAGAAGCGCGCUGUGUUCCUCAAGUCACUAGAUGAUGUUAUUGGAGAAGAGAAAGGCAUGAUCACUCUGGCGUGUGAGGCAUCCAAGCCGAGAGUUUCCCCCACAUGGAGAAAAGAGGGUAAAGUCUUAAAAGCUGGGCCAAAAUAUGAGCUCCUUCACACAGGCAAGUCUUUGGGCCUGAUCAUCAAGGAUGUCACCAAAGACGAUGCUGGGGAGUACAGCUGUGACCUUGGCACUGAGGUAUCCAAGGCAAAGGUUACUGUCAGAGAAAUUGGUAUUGGAAUAACUAAAUGGCUGAAAUCAGUUGAAGUGAAUGAGGGAGAGACAUGUAGUUUUGAGUGCAUCCUGUCUCGUGAGAGCACAGAUGAGUGCUCCUGGACUGUCAGUGGCCAAGCUGUUACAAACAGAGGCCGCUUUAGCAUCUCCACCAAAGGACGCAAAUACAUGCUCACUAUUAAAGAUGUCUCCCCUGCUGAUGCUGGUGAGGUAGUCUUCAGUAUCAAAGACUUGAGCUCCAAAGCAACAUUAACAGUUGAAGGUAAAGCUUCAUCUGUAUCUAAAGGACUGCAGAAUAUUUGUGUCGUUCAAGGGGAAGAUGCUGUUUUUACUUGUGAGGUGACACAGGCUAGUUUUGCUGUAAAGUGGGCCAAGGAUGGAAAAGCCAUCAAAAAGAGCCAGAAAUAUGAGCUCAGCCAGCAAGAUAGAGUCAUGAAACUGACCAUCCAUAAUGUGUCUGCUCAAGACUCUGGAGAGUACAGCUGUGAAGUUAUUGGAGGUGCAACCACCAGAGCUAAGCUAGAAAUCAAGGAGCCAAUCCAUAAAUUCACUAAAGCGCUAAAGGACAGUGAAGCAGACGAGAAGGGCUCUGUGACUCUGCAGUGCACAACAGAACAAAUCCCAUCCACGGUUGUAUGGCUUAAAGGUCACACAGAGCUCAAGGCUGGGGGGCGAUAUGAGAUGUCUCAGAAAGAUGGCGUCUUAACUCUCACCAUCAAACAACUGGAGGAGAACGAUACUGAUAUCUACACUUGUGACGUGGGCACUGCCAAGAGCAUGGCCAAGGUGACCGUUAAAGCCCUGCCCACCACUUUUAUUGAGAAGCUCAAAAACCAGGAGAAAAAAGAAGGGGAGAGUGUGACACUUCGCUGUGAGCUAUCAAAACCUGCAGCGGUCGUUCAGUGGAAAAAAGACUCUGAAAUUCUCAAACCAGGAGAGAAGUAUGACAUGAAGCAGGCAGAGGGCUCUUGUAUACUUCAGAUUCUGAAUUUGAAGAUAGAAGAUAGUGGAGCGUAUACAUGCGUAUGCGGGGACGAGAAGACAUCUGCAGCCUUGAAAGUCACUGCAUUGCCACCAAACUUCACACAGAAGCUGGAGAGCCAGCAGGCCGAGGAGGGAGCUGACAUUAGUCUGUGCUGUGAGCUCUCUAAAGCUGGAGUCCCAGUAGAGUGGAAGAAGGGAACGCAGGUCCUGAAGUCUGGAGAAAAGUACCAGAUGAAGCAGAAGGCCUCUAUGAAUGAACUUGUGAUUAAGAAGGUGGUGCCUGAAGACAGUGGAGACUACAGCUGUGUGUGUGGAGACCAGAAGACCACAGCCAGCCUUAGCAUAAAGGCCAAACCAGUCACCUUCAAACUGAAGCUGGAGAGCCUGGAGGCCGAGGAGGGAGGCAGUGUUACUUUGCGCUGUGAGCUCUCUAAGGCUGGAGUCCCAGUGGAGUGGAAGAAGGGAACGCAGGUCCUGAAGUCUGGGGAGAGGUACCAGAUGAAGCAGAAGGCCUCUGUGAAUGAACUUGUGAUAGAAAAAGUGGUGGCUGAAGACAGUGGAGACUACAGCUGUGUGUGUGGAGACCAGAAGACCACAGCUAGUCUCAAUAUAAAGGCCCAACCAGUGACCUUCAAACAGAAGCUGGAGAGUCAGCAGGCCGAGGAGGGAGCUGACAUUAUUCUGCGAUGUGAGCUCUCUAAAGCUGGAGUCCCAGUAGAGUGGAAGAAGGGAACGCAGGUCCUGAAGUCUGGAGAAAAGUACCAGAUGAAGCAGAAGGCCUCUGUGAAUGAACUUGUGAUUAAGAAGGUGGUGCCUGAAGACAGUGGAGACUACAGCUGUGUGUGUGGAGACCAGAAGACCACAGCCAGCCUUAGCAUAAAGGCCAAACCAGUCACCUUCAAACUGAGGCUGGAGAGCCUGGAGGCCGAGGAGGGAGGCAGUGUUACUUUGCGCUGUGAGCUCUCUAAGGUUGGAGUCCCAGUGGAGUGGAAGAAAGGAACGCAGGUCCUGAAGUCUGGUGAGAGGUACCAGAUGAAGCAGAAGGCCUCUGUGAAUGAACUUGUGAUAGAAAAAGUGGUGCCUGAAGACAGUGGAGACUAUAGCUGUGUGUGUGGAGACCAGAAGACCACAGCCAGGCUUAGCAUAAAGGCCCAACCAGUCACCUUCAAACUGAAGCUGGAGAGCCUGGAGGCCGAGGAGGGAGGCAGUGUUACUUUGCGCUGUGAGCUCUCUAAAGCUGGAGUCCCAGUGGAGUGGAAGAAAGGAACGCAGGUCCUGAAGUCUGGGGAGAGGUACCAGAUGAAGCAGAAGGCCUCUGUGAAUGAACUUGUGAUAGAAAAAGUGGUGCCUGAAGACAGUGGAGACUACAGCUGUGUGUGUGGAGACCAGAAGACCACAGCUAGUCUCAAUAUAAAGGUUCUUCCAGUCAUAUUCAUUCGAGACCUGGAGAGCCAAGUAGCUGAAGAGGGAGGUAGUGUUACCCUGCACUGUGAGCUAUCGAAACCUGGAGUCCAUGUAGAGUGGAAGAAAGGAUCGGAAGUCCUGAGCUGUGGAGAAAAGUACCAGAUAAAACAAAAAGGAUUCUGUCAUGAGCUGCACAUUCUUGAUUUGAGGCCUGGAGAUACAGGAAGCUAUUCAUGCUCUUUAGAGGAUACAAUAAGCUCAGCAUCUCUGGUUGUAAAUGCUCUUCCAGUUAUUUUCACAAAAGAGCUGGAAAGCCGAACGGCUGAUGAGGGUGACAGUGUCACCCUGAACUGUGAGCUCUCUAAACCUGGUGUUCCUUUGGAGUGGAGGAAGGGAGAACUUGGUCUUUGUCCUUGUGCAAAGUAUGAAAUUAGACAAAAAGGACACCUGGCUACACUAAUAAUCCAUGAUGUUGACUCAGAGGAUUCUGGGAGUUACACAUGUGAUGCCGGUGAUCGUCGUAGCACCGCACAGCUAGCUGUGAAGGCCAAGCCUGUCCUUUUCAAAACCCAGCUACAGAACCUUGAAGGACAGGCAGGAGAGAGCGCCCGUCUUCGUUGUGAAAUCACAAAGCCGGGAGUCAGUGUGGUCUGGAGGUGUGGUGAUCGGGUGCUGGCAUCCAGCAGCAAGUAUCACCUGAAGCAGGAAGGGACUGUAGUUGAGCUUAUCAUCUACAAACUGCAAGGAACUGACUCAGGAGAGUACUCCUGUGAUACAGGCAGGCAGAAGACUUCAGCUGUCCUCACUGUGAAGGAGGUCGAGGUUAAAAUACUGAAAUUCUUGGAGAGCUGCGUUGUGUACGAGGGUGAAGAUGUCUGCUUCGAGUGUCUGGUUUCUCAUGAGGAGGCACCACUAGCACUGUGGAAACUCCAGGAUGUCCCUCUGCAGAAUAAUGAAAUGAACCUGAUCAAGGCUGAGGGUCGGCUGCACAGCCUCACACUCAGAGGCGUCACUACAGCUGAUUCAGGGACAGUAACUUUCACUGUGGGAAACCACACUUCCACAGCUUCUCUGACAGUCAGAGCUGCACCUGUAGUAUUCAAGGAGGAGCUGAAAAGUCAAGAGGCCAAAGAAGGAGGCGAAGCCUCUCUGUCCUGUGAGGUAUCAAGCCCUGAUCACAAGGUGACCUGGUGGAAGGGCUCAACUCUUCUCACACAGGGAGAGAAAUACACCAUGGAGCAAAGAGCAACCACUCACUUUCUGAUCAUACACAAGCUGAUCAUGGAGGAUGGUGGGGAAUAUACCUGUGAUACUGGAGACCAGAAAAGCACUGCUACCCUGACUGUAAAAGAGCAUGUGCGAAUCAUUCGAGAACUCUGCGACAUUACUGUGACCACUGGGAAAGAUGCCGUCUUUGAGGUUGAGCUGUCACACUCUGGUGUCACCAAUGGGGAAUGGUGGCUUUCAGACAACCUGCUUCAAAAUAAUGAUCUGAAUCAAAUGAGCAUUAUAGGGAGAGUGCACCGCUUGGUCCUCAAGAUGGUAACCACAGACGAAUCUGGAGAUGUUGCCUUUGUGGUGGGAGAAGAGAAGAGUGUGGCCUGUCUUCUGGUGGAGGAGAAACCCAAAGUGCUAAUAUUAGAGAAGCCACACAACACUAUUGCAUUAGAAGGUGAAACAGUCACUUUGGCCUGCACCAUCUCUGACCCCAGUGGUAAGGUUACCUGGAUCAAAAACAAUGUGGCCCUCCAAGCGGGUCUCAAGUAUGACCUGAAGAAGAAUGAAGCAUUUCAUCAGCUUCGUAUUCACAACCUGGUGGCUGAGGACGCCGGAACGUAUACCUGCGACACUGGGGAUGCACAGUGUGAUGUCACGCUGACUGUGGAAGGUGCCCCAGUCUUCUUCCAGACAGAGCUCAAGAACCAGGAUGCCAUAGAGGGCGAUGAUAUUACUCUGCACUGUGAGCUCUCUAAGCCAGGUGUUUGUGUUGAGUGGAGGAAAGGAGGAAUAGUCCUCCGGCCUGGUAAGAAGUAUGAGAUGAGACAGUCAGGGUGUAUUCAAGAGCUCUGUAUAUGGAAUCUGGAGCCUGAUGACAGUGGCUACUACACCUGCGAUGCAGGAGACCAGCUCACUACAGCUUCUUUAGCAGUGCAAGCAAAAGAAGUCUUCAUUGUUUCUGGCCUUAAGUCCACCGAUGUUUUUGUUGGCGAAUGGGCAACUUUCUCCUGCCAGCUCUCUGGUAAAGCCCACGGCAAGGUGCAGUGGUGGCUGGAUGGCAGCUUGUUGGAGAACAGCCCCUUUAGUGAGAUAGGGCUGGCCCAGGGCCACAUCCACACCCUAACCUUAAAGAACCUGGCCACAGAUGACUCUGGCACUGUCACCUUCAAAGCUGGCAGUUUAACAUCAACAGCCAAGCUCUUGGUCAAAGCCAAACCCAUUACCAUUGUUCAGGGCCUGGAGAAUGUGGAGACUUUUGAUGGAGGCGAAGCGCUCUUUGAGUGUGCCCUGUCUCGUCCUGAGAGCAAAAACUGCCAGUGGCUCUUUGAUGGCAAACCACUGAAAGAAUCCCCUAAUGCUGAGGUUGUAUCAUUCGAGAGCGGUCGUCGCCAUCUGCUCCUGCUGAAAGAGCUGCGUGUCAAAGACAGUUGCACGGUGACUUUCAGAGCUGGCACAGCUUCCACAUCUGCUCAGCUCACUGUUAAAGGUUGGCAGUUGGCCAUUGUGAAGGGUUUGGAGGACAGAGUGGCUGCAGUGGGGGAGAAAGUCGAGUUCUGUGUUGAGCUCACGGAGGUGGUCCCUACGACAGAAGUGGUCUGGUAUGCUAAUGGAGUUGAGCUGAAGCCCAGUGACCUCUGGGCUAUGAGGGCCGAUGGUCGGUCUUACCGCCUUGUCCUGAGACAGGCGCCUCUUUUGCCCCAGCAGGAAAUUACAUUUGCUGCCAGAGAUGCUAUCUCUCUGGCCAAGCUCACCAUCAUCACUGUGCCUGAUCCUCCAGAGGAUCCGGAGGUCCUCAGUAAGACAAAAAAGUCUGUUACCCUCUCUUGGUUCACACCUUUGCAUGACGGAGGAAGUCCCAUUCUGGGCUACAGAGUGGAGAUCCGAAUGGUAGACAGUGCCCUCUGGCUUCCAUGUCAUUCUGAGCCUGUGCGUAACACCGAAUUUGUGGUUGAAAAUCUCAGUCCAGGCAGUGCCUACAGGUUUAGAGUGGCAGCCAUCAACAGAGCAGGGAUAGGGGAGCCUGUUGAGCUGCCUCACACUGUUCAGCUUGAAGCACCUCCUCCGCCACCGAUUACCCCAGAUGCAAAACAGGAAGCGACUGAGGUACUGGGACAGCCCAGUCUUCCUCCUGAGGCUGCUGAAGAAGGUGAUCUCCAUGAACUUUGGGAAGCAUCAGCCAAGAAACGACGCAUGAGUCGGGAGCCAACUCUGGACUCCAUCUCUGAACAACCAGAGGAGGACGGCAAAAGUGGUCGGAGCAAAUUAGACCAGAAUCAGCUUCCACAAUCUGAGAAAGUGGAAGUCAAAUCAGCAGAGAAGGAGCAGGCCAUUGUGUCAAAGCAGCAGACAGAAACCAGCCUGUGCACCAGCUCUGAGGAUGAGUCUGUUUCUGGGCGUUCAACACUUGUUUCCUACCUCAAAAAGAGCAGCAAGACUACUGAGACAGUGACAAAGGAAGCAGAUACUCUAGCCGCUGAGAGAUUCUUCGCACAUUUCCAAAUGUCAGAGCAGAAAACUGUGCAGCAGACAGAAGUGAAAACAACUGUAGUUCAGCAAACACAAGAAAAACACGUGUCUACAGAGGAAACUAGCAUCAUGGAGAUCAGUAAAGAGGAUGACCCUGAGCUCAGAGAAGCUGCUGUUAAAAUUCAAGCUGCCUUCAAGGGCUACAAGGCCCGCAAGGACAUGCGUCCUGUUUUUAAAGAAGUCUUCAAAGACCAGACUAAAGAACCUAAUGGCACCAUACAUCUGGAAUGUGUGACAGAAGGUAAACCUGAUAAGGUCCGCUGGCUGAAAGAUGGAGAACCACUGACGGAUGGCAAGCAUCAUCAUAUUGAUAUCUAUAAUGAUGGCACCUGCUCACUGGUCAUUACUGCAAUCACCACCAAGGACACUGGAGUUUACACUUGUGAAGCCACUAACAAGUUUGGGGUAGCUUCUCACAGUGGUAAGGUGACUGUGGGAACGGUAAGAGAAUCAUCGGGCCGACGGCCGCUUACUGUAGGUUACAGUGCUGACAGUGAGCCUGAGAGCUCCUCCGGAAGUGAGAUGGAUGAGUCGCUGAGACAGGCAAGCAGACGCCUCCGGCGCCUGUUGCGCACGCGUCUCCCACCAGAUGUUGAGGAAGAACCAUUUGUCAGUGCAGAUGAAGGAGACUUGCGAGCCCCAGACCCACAAUCUUACCGUGAAGAUGACAAUUAUAUCUACAUUCGUUUUGAUUCACGGACAGAAGCUGAAGUUGCCUCUACGAGAUUUCAGGAGAUGUUUACAGUCCAUGGGGUUCCUGUGGAGACCACAAUCAUACCUGCAGGGUCUCACAAAGUGGAGCUGCGAAUUAAAAAGAUGGGCUACAUACAAGAUGGUACACAGACGCCCACACAAGAUAGACAGCCUCCUGCUUUCACGACUGGAGCUCCAGCUGCACCGGUCUUCUUAACCGAGCUACAAAGUCAGGAUGUUCCAGACGGUUAUCCAGUCAGCUUUGACUGUGUUGUGAUUGGCAAGCCACCUCCCACUGUUCGCUGGUAUAAGGAUGGCAAGCUUCUGGAGGAGAAUGACCAUUACAUGAUCAAUGAAGACCAGGAGGGCUGCCACCAACUUAUCAUCACCACUGUGUUGCCUACUGAUAUGGGGGUCUAUCGCUGCACAGCUGAAAACAGCAGCGGCAUUGCAUCUACUAAAGCUGAACUCAGGGUUGACAUGUCUUGCAGCUCAGAUUAUGACACUGCUGCUGAUGCCACUGAGACGUCUUCCUAUGUCAGUGCCAAAGGAUACAUGUCCAGGGAAACUGAGACCUUUGAGUCUGUAGCUGAAGAUGAUCAGCUACCGCAGGUUGUGGAGGAGCUUCAUGAUGUUCACGUCUGUCCAGGUUCACCUAUUGCAAAGAUGCAGCUUAAAGUAAAGGGUUUCCCGAAACCCAGAAUAUACUGGUUUAAAGAUGGCCACCCUCUACGACCUUCAGAAAGAAUUCAUUUCUUAGCAGAGAGAGACGUUCAUGGCGUGGAGAUCACGGAGGUGAAAAAAGAGGAUAUGGGGGAGUACUCCGUCUACAUCAGCAAUGCAGCCGGUUCUGCUUACUCCUCUGCCCGGAUGAUAGUAUUGAGUCCCGGGGAGAUUUUACCACAAGAGAAAAAGGACCCUAAAGAGCCCCUGGUGCCACCCCGCUUCAUUGAAAGGUUCAGCAACAGGAAGGUGAAACAAGGAACAAGCAUCACUCUGUCUGUGAAAGUAGAAGGAUCUCCUACUCCCAUGGUCAACUGGCUAAAGGAGGAAUCUUUGGAGGAUGUCCUGUGGAUCAAGCCUGAUACUAAAGGAUACAAAAUAGCAAGCUCUGGGCGCCGGCACAGUCUCAUCUUGAUGGACGUGGGCACAGAGUACACUGGUGCCUACACCUGCAUUGCAACAAAUAAAGCUGGACAGUCCAUCUGCACUGCUCACCUGGAGGUGGAUGAGACUCCUCAGCCCAAGAAAGAGACAGCGGCUUCAGAGGUUCUUGGGAUUACAGUUAGUCCUCCACAGGAAGACACUAGCAGAGGAAAAGAGGGCAAAAUGCCUUUCCUAGGUGAAGUAGGUUCAGAGGAAUUCCUCAUGAAACUCACCUCUCAGAUCACUGAAAUGGUAUCGGCCAAGAUCACCCAAGACAGUUUACAGAAUCAUGAAGUGCUCCAGUGGAUGAAAUCUUGGCCCAAAUCUGCCACUUCAUUACGCGUACCAGGUGGUGACAGUGAUGAUGAGACCAAGACACCUUCUCCAUCGCCUCAUCACGGUCGCUCCCGUCCUCCCUCCCUCAUUGCUGACUCCUCCUCUGAGUCUGAUGAAGGAGAUGCCAGGGGAGAGAUGUUUGAUAUCUAUGUAGCAACAGCUGAUUACAACCCCAUGGUGGCGAGCAAAGAUUCCAUCUCUCUAAAGGAGGGACAGUAUGUUGAGGUUUUGGACUCGGCUCACCCACUCAAGUGGUUAGUUCGGACCAAACCCACCAAAACGACACCAUCCCGCCAAGGCUGGGUCUCACCGGCCUACCUGGACAAAAAACUCAAACUCUCUGCUGAUGCUGGCGAUCUUCCAGAAACGAGUGUGGAAGAGGUGUCUGAAGGAGAAUACAAGAGAAAAUUAUUCCAACUGAUCCAGGAACUGAUAAACGGAGAAUCAGAGUUUGUCAAGGAGGUGGAAUUCUUCACCUCCCAUCACCUGAAGCAUGCAGACAGUUCUGAUGCACCGCCUGACGUCACCAGCCAGAAAGAGGCUAUUUUCAGAAACAUUGAUGAUAUCAAGUCCUUCCAUAGCAAGGCAUUCCUUCCGAAGUUGAAUGACUGCGACACUGAUGACGACAUAGCCAUGUGUUUCCUGAAGAACAAGGAGGGCUUUGAGAAGUACCUUCAGUAUCUUGUAGGUCAGGGCCAGGCUGAAUCUGCCAUCAGUGACAAGACUGUCCACAGCUUCUUUAAGGAAUAUACUGACACAGCGCAGGCUAAUGCAGACCCUGCAGAUCCACCAGUAAGAAGCAUAAAUGCCUAUCUCCAACAACCACUGGAGAGGAUUCAGAAGUACAAGGCCUUCCUGAAGGAGCUCAUUCGAAACAAAGCAAGAAAUGGUCAGAACUGCUGCCUGCUGGAAGAAGCUUUUGCAAUGGUGUCUGCACUCCCUCAGCGUUCUGAGAAUACCCACCAUGUCUCCAUGAUUGAGAACUAUCCUGCCACCCUCGAAGUUCUUGGAGAACCAAUUAGACAGGGGCCUUUCCAAGUGUGGGAGGGUGCGCCUGGAAUUAGAACGUCCUCUAGAGGUCACCACCGUCACGUCUUCCUCUUUAAGAACUACUGCAUCAUCUGCAAGCCCAAGAGAGACAGCAACACUGAUACACAAGCAUAUAUUUUCAAGAACAUGAUGAAGCUGAAUAACAUUGAUGUGAAUGAGACAGUGGAGGGUGAUGACCGUGCCUUUGAGAUUUGGCAUGAGCGCGAGGAUUCUGUGAGGAAGUACACCUUACAGGCCCGAACUGUUACCAUCAAGAACUCGUGGCUGAGAGACCUCAGAGAACUGCAGCAGCGAUACAGCAUGCCUGCAUGGAGUUCCCCUGAUUUUGAUGAAAUUCUGGCAAACUGCACAGCAGAGCUGGGCCAGACUGUUAAGUUGGCCUGCAAAGUUACUGGAGUACCCAAACCUGCGGUUACCUGGUACAAGGAUGGACGCGCAGUGGAGGCAGAUCCUCAUCACAUCAUCAUCGAGGACCCCGAUGGUUCCUGCACACUAAUCCUGGACAAUAUGACUGCAGAUGAUUCUGGUCAGUACAUGUGCUUUGCCACAAGUCCAGCUGGCAAUGCCAGUACUCUGGGAAAGAUCACAGUUCAGGUACCUCCUCGUUUUGUAAAUAAAAUAAGGAAUGCCAUCUUUGUUGCCGGUGAGGACGCUCAAUUCACCUGUGUAAUACAAAGCGCCCCCAAACCCAAAGUGAGGUGGUUCAAGGAUGGCAGGCUGCUGACUGACCAGCAGAAAUAUCAGACCUACAGUGAGCUCCGGAGUGGCGUUCUGGUUCUGGUAAUCAAAAACCUGACGGAGAGAGACCUUGGACACUAUGAGUGCGAGUUGUCGAACCGUCUGGGCAGUGCAAAGUGUGCUGCUGACUUGGUCCUCCCCUCUGCUGUGGCUCGCUCUGGUGAGCAGGCCAUCACCAUUGAAGUUACCGAGCAGGAGACAAAAAUACCAAAGAAAACCAUCAUCAUUGAGGAGACUAUAACCACCGUGGUGAAGAAUCCUCGAAUGAGAAGACACAGAUCACCCGGCUUGACUCUUGCUGGUGUCCACCGCUCUGAGACUUCCACCCCCGAGCCUCCUACAACCAGGACAAGGAGGAUGCCCACUCCAAGAAAGACCACUAUCCCAACUCUCUAUGUUACUGAUCCCCAGGGGGCGGAAGCCAGGGGAAUAGAGAGCAAGCCCAGGUGGGUUGAAGUAGAAGAGGUCAUCGAGUAUAAGGUCAAUAAGUCUCCCAGGCUGUCCAGGAGGAGAGGUAUUUCACCAGCAGGGUCUGAUCGUGCAGGCACUCCCUUGAGACCCAAAAGGUCUCCAGUGGAAAACCCAAAUGCUAACAAUUCCAACAACAAGCUUGUGGAGCAAGCACAGGCUCAGCUGCAGGGAGACAUCAGCAGCCAGCCGCUCUCCUGGGAGGAAGAGGUGACUGACGCUCCAUCUGGGUCUGCUUCUGGGGAGCCGCACGAGCUCUCUUCUGUCCUUGCUACAGCUGGAGAAGAUGACGACGACCUGGAUGAUCAACAAACUGUAAUUUUUGAACCUGAUGACGAGGAGGAUACAUCUGCAAGAAAGCAAGAGCCUGUGUUCCUAAAACAAGGAGAUCGUGUUUUAACCCUUGAGGACUUGGAGGAUUACGUCCCAGAGGAAGGAGAGACUUAUGGCUCCUCCCACACGCAACACGUUGAUGAAAAGCCUUGUGAGAUCUCUGUGCUUCAGAGAGAGAUUGGCGGUUCUACAGUGGGACAGCCGGUGCUUCUCAACGUGGGCCGGCCUGAUGCGGUGCCCCGGCAAAGGACUGGCUUCUUUAGUCGCUUCAGGGAGAAUCUCUCCAGCAGCCUUUUCUCAUCUGCUGUCCCACCGCAGGCCAGGGAGGCUCGGUCCAGGGCGGAGAGGAACGUGCCUAUUCAAGUGAGCCAUGCAAAGCUGGAAGUGAAACCUUCGUACUGCUCAGAGGUGCAGAGAGUUGAGGGCAGGCAGCAGAGUUUUAAAACCAAAGUGUCAACUCAGACCUAUGGUUACACAUCAGUUGGCAAUCCUGUCACUCUUAAAAUUAGAGAUGACCUUUAUCAGAACCAGUGAAAAGCAAACAUUUAAUUUGGCAUCACAAACCCUCUUAGUCUUAAAUAGGGACAUUCACUACAUAUGAAAAUACAGAUCGUAACCUGAGCAACAUUUACUGCAUUUGACAAACCAUUCCAUUUUUAGCCUGCCAAUCAGAUAAUAGCGUCAUCCUUAGUUAUUUUCUUGACAAAUUGUUAGAUUCUACUGUCUCUUACAGAUAAGAUGAGAUGGAAACUAUAGGGAUAACUGUUUCACUGUAGGCAGGUUUCAGUCUGAUGCUGUUCUGCUAAACAUAUACAUGUUGUGUGAUGUACAAUAUGCAUGAUGGGCAGAAGCUAAGAAAGGUCUGACAUUUACUGAUUAAAACCUUCAUAUCUAAUUAUGAGUUGAAUUCUUUAAAUAAAAAAUACAUGUUUUUGGUUAUACAUACAGUGAUUGACAAAUUUAUGAGACUGCCACCCCCAGUGUAAGGUUUAUGUCACAGCUCCCUAAAUUAACAGUAGUGGUGAUUACCAAAAUCAGUUUUAUGUUUCUGUGAUGGUUAAUCCACUGGUAUGCCAUAUUACAGUUAUUUACUCGCAUGAUUGUUAUAAUUAAUUUGUGACUGCAGAGAAAUCUAGUGUCUAUUUUUUAUUGGGCUUUAUUGGGUAUAAAAUGCAUUUUUGAGAGAUAACAAAUUACAAUGAUGUUAAACAGUGUACCUACGCUGAAUGAUCAGCUUUAAACCCUGGUAUUAACUGAUCCAGAUGUAAUCCUUAGUCCAUUGCUACAUACAUGAAUAGGAUUUAUAUUUUUUCAGGUUUUACUUUUGUACCAUUCAGGCCAUGCUAUGGCACUUUGGAUUCCUGGAGCUGGAAAUAUUGGGAGGUAAUGAGACGCGUGUUUCAAGUAAGCAACACUGAAUAUAAAAGUAGUGUAAACUGUGGGACUGUUGUGUUUCAGGAGCUGUUAGUUAAUCAGAAUUGUCUAAUCAAACUGGAGAAUCACAAGUCUCUACUACAUUAUUUUGUGGUGUUGUGAAUGAUUCCUUAGUGAGCAGUUUAUACAAACAUGACACUUGCGCAAGCAAAUCAUGUGGUAGGUGAACAGAUGCUUGUUUCCAAGUUCCUACCAUCAACUAACUGAAUUUUUUACUCGACUUUUUUCGCAUUUGUGUCUGCUAGUGCAGUGAAACAGCCUGUAAACUCACAGGCUGUUACAGGGAUAUUCCUAUGCAAGUGACAAAUAUGUAGAUGAGUGACUGCAUGUAUUUGCUUCUCCAAGACAGAUGUGUUUCUCUAGAAUAACCAGUUGUCAUCUUAUAUUUGAUUAAGUGCAGAUGUUUAUGCAAAUUGAGCUGACAAAAUUUACUACCUUUUUAGUGCAAUUUAAAAGUAACUAGAGUAACUUCCUAAUUAAACAUGUGUGGUGUUUGUGUUGAUCAAAAGGUGUCUGUUAAAAGGAUGAUUUUAUGUAAUUUUAAAUCACAAACUGAUUGUACUUGCUUGUACUGUACAUGUGUAGUUUUGGACAAAACAUGGUUGAGUACAAAGUGUUCAGUUGAAUAAAGGUACUGCAAAUACACCACAUAAUUAGCUUCUGUAGUAAUUUCUUUAUGUAGCACAAAUUCUGCAUUGUUGUAUGGUAACAUAUUUACUGAUGUUUCAACAUAAAAGUCAUAGUGCUGGACAUGAACUGAGUACAUGUUUACAACAUGAACAUUUCUAUAACAGCUAGUUUGGUUUUAAAGAGGCCUUUGUGUAUUUGUUCAGCAUGAUGUAACAUUUGCAAAACUUGAAUUUAAAUGGUAGCAUCAGGAACAUAAAGCUCUCUGUGCAAAGGAAUGAAUGUUACAAGGUACAGGAAUAUACCGAUUUAGGCAUAAUUGACUAUCCAAUCUAAAAUGGAAAUUUUAAAAAUAUUUACUGUUUUCUUAAUUCUAAGCAAUAAAAAAGCAAAAAAUUCGCUGUCAUUUUACUGUACAGCUAAAGCUGAAAACUGAAACUUACACAAUAUAAAGUUUUCACAAAUGUACAACAUUAAAUAAACACGUGUUACAAAAGAAUACAAUGUAGUACUGUUUGUACCUCUGUGAUGGGAUUCAAUUCUACAUGAGCACAGCAGUAUGGUUUUCCAGCAAACAAAGAGUGUAAGGAACCAGGACAUUACCUGGCAAGUUAUAUAAAAUAAUGAAAAAAAAAGUAAAAUAAAAUAAAAAUGGAAAGCGUUUAUCAACACUGGAAUAAUGUUACUGUUUCAAAGGUAUAGCUGACUUGUAUGUAUCCCCUAAAUAUAAAGAGUCACCACGUUUUCCUGAUAGGCUUGGGCGAUACCGAGUCUUUCUUACCUUCCUCACAUUUCACCAGGUAUACGAUUACAUUUGUGUAAAUAAACUAAAAGCUGAUGAUGACAGAUGACACUUCAGGUAGGAGGGUGAGAGAUUAUCUGACUGAAUGCUUAAUCUCUCCAACCCUCGCUAGCUGGCACCAGAAAUAUUCGUUUAUGAAACUCAUUAACAUUAUCAGAACACAACACUGUUUCACUGUUAGGUUAAGCGGCUAUCUGCCAAAUUAAAAAUAAAAUCAGCUUCCCUGAUUAUUUUGAUCUAGACACUGAACAGUUGUGUCAGAAUAAACGGCAUAACUACACAACCAGAGCGUAGCAAAACACUAUUCAAUACAGGCAGGUGGUGCUCACUUUGAACUAUUACAAUCUUUAGGCGCAAAUUUCUCAAAGCAAACUGUUUAUCUUUAGGGAGAUGAGACUAAACUCAAAAUCCACCCCAACAUUUGCAACAGCCAUGUUUCACAGCUUGCUCAGCUCAGCUGUUAAUCAGAAGCAACUGCCCUCUGACGAGUGCUGUGCGCUACAAUAUGACCUAAAUACAUCACAUAAGCAUAACACAAAGGAGUGUCUGUAUUUUUAACAGUACAGAAAGUACUCUGUCUAAAAUAGCCUGGUACCACACGAUACUAAGAUACUGCCCAAACCUACCUACCUACCAAAUUUUGAGGGGCCGAGUGCUGGUUUUAAUCUCUCACUCUGACCAUCACCUGUACAUUUCACUGCAUCUAAGACAUCAAACAUCAACACAGUGUAGCUGGUUGCAAAACAUGGAAAGAAAAGAAAACCCCAAACAACCCCCCUCCAAACAAACUAAUCCUUGAAAAACCAGUCUGUCCAGAUGAUGGAAUGAAUUGUACUUCUGCAAAAGAAUACGGUUGCACAAAGUAUUUUCUGUGUGCAUUAAAUUGUUCCUGCUUAUCAUGCCAGUUGUACUUCAAGUAAGAGUUCUCGGGGUGUCUUCUCUUCAGUGUAAAAAUAAAAAUGUGGAAAGCACUUUGUCUGUAUAAAAAAAAAAAAA